AUAACUUCUCUUUUUAUCUGCAAAGAAAAGUCCACAUUGUCGGGAACCUGGGCCUCUAUAUAAGGAGGCAGCCUCAGCUGCGUACAUCCAAUCCAUUGCACUACAACACCUAUGCGUUCUUCAUCGAUUUGGCACAGCCAUCAUCUAGCUAGGAGCUCACAAUUAAGUUCAACCCCGGGCAGCUAUAUGGCGGCGAUCACCGGUGGAAGGGCGGCGCUCGCAGUGGCCGCGCUCCUCUGCGCCAUGGCGGCAGUGGCCGCUGCGCAGCAGGCCUCCAACGUGCGCGCGACGUACCACCUGUACAACCCGGCGCAGAACGGCUGGGACCUCAACCGCGUCAGCGCCUACUGCGCCACGUGGGACGCCAACAAGCCGCUGUCGUGGCGGCAAAAGUACGGCUGGACCGCCUUCUGCGGGCCCUCGGGCCCUAGGGGCCAGGCCUCCUGCGGCAAGUGCAUCAAGGUGACGAACCGUGCGACGGGCGCAUCGACCGUGGCGAGGAUCGUGGACCAGUGCAGCAAUGGCGGCCUGGACCUGGACUUCGAGACGGUGUUCAAGAAGAUUGACACCAAUGGGCAAGGCUACCAGAUGGGCCACCUCAACGUCGACUACCAGUUCGUCUCCUGCUGAGUGAGCUUUGCGCACGCACGAUCGACCGGGGAGGAACCUGGAGGAUGUAAUAAUAAUUAAGCGCCUCGCCUAGAUGUUUGGUGUGAUGGAAUAAAAGGGAACAGAGACACGAAUGAUGGUAGCUAGUAAUACAGAAUAAACGAAACAGAAUUGGACUAAAUAAAGCGAGAUUUCGAUAUUAA